AUGUCAACCAAGCCACGGCCGAUUCAUAGAAGUUCACACUACCACUUUCAGUUUUUCAUUUCGAAUUAUCGAAAGACACCAAUUUUAAUAUUGAAACAUUCAUCAGUUUUCAAGGAAUUUUCAUGUACUCCGUCAACGAACAGAUUAUUGAAUGAUCCACAUCUGAAAUCAACUUGUACAUUUGGUUUAAGAAAGGCGAGAGAAAAAUUUUUCAUGAAAAAAUCAAAGAGUUCUACCAAAAGAUGCCUGCACUACUACAUGGACAAAUUGUUCAACAAGUUGUCAAUCAAUCUUUCUAGUGAGCCUUCAGGCACUUACGAUGUAAUUCUUCAAAAUAAGGAGUCGCUAUUUUCAUUUAAUGUUGUUUGCAAUUUUUAA